CAGAGCUUCAGCGUCUACGGCGGACUUCCGGUGUUUGAGGAAGAGUGAGCGAGACAGUGAUAGAGGAGACGGCUGGUGAUCAUGACGUGUGUGCUCAGCGGUCCCACCGCCGUGUGCGAUGUCAUUACAGAGCUAGAUACUCAGCUGGCUCUUCUUGGACCGGGACCUCACACCCCAAAACAGCGUGCAGACGUGUCCCGAUUGGGUGAGCUGAGGGCGAAAGCACUCCAGAUUAUGAACCAGUUCGGGGCCUCCACGCUCAUAAAUCUGUCAAACUUCACCACCACCACCACCUCUAUGUCCACCUCGGUUGCGGUAAAGCAGGAGCAAGCUGUUGCAAACAGCACUCCAGGGGUCAAAGUACAGGGGACAGCAGCUGGAGGGGGCCGAGUAAGCCCGGAUGCUAACCAGGUUUUAACCAAGAAGAAGCUCCAUGAUCUGGUCAGAGAGAUAGACCCUAAUGAACAGCUGGAUGAGGACGUGGAGGAGAUGCUCUUGCAGAUAGCUGAUGAUUUCAUAGAGAGUGUAGUGUCGGCAGCCUGUCAGCUGGCCCGACACCGGAGAUCAAAUACACUGGAGGUCAAAGACGUGCAACUUCAUUUAGAACGUCAGUGGAAUAUGUGGAUCCCAGGUUUUGGAUCAGAAGAAAUCCGUCCCUACAAAAAGGCUUGCACAACCGAGGCACACAAGCAGAGAAUGGCCUUAAUUAAGAAAACCCAAAAGAAAUAGCUGCACACCCUACCAGCUGCACGCACCAUCUGCGCACUCCUGUCGAACAAUUGAAUGUGCAGCAAACGAGCUUGGAGACUGUUUGAAGAAAAGCCUUAGUUGGGGGACAGAAACCCGCUGUUUCACUGAUUGUAGAAUGUUCUUCUCUUAACCGUGUUACGGUAACCUCUGGUAGGCAAUGGGUUAACACAUCUUCCAGAUGUUGUAUGUGUAUAUAAAAAGGCGUUUAAGUAAAGAUUUUGCCACGGUAA